AUGGCCUUCUUUGGAGUUGCUGGAGGCAAUGGGUCCCGAGACGAAGAUAAUAGUCCGGUUGGGGGGUCAGGUACUCCACAUUCCGUUGCACAUCGAGUAGAAGACCCUGCUAACAAUGAAGAAGGAAGUGAGAGCAGUCCGGAUGAGCAAGUAAAAAGAGGCAAGGGCAAGAAUUGGAGUAAGAAGGGGGAUGAAUUGCUAGUAAGUGCAUGGCUGAACAACUCCAAUGAUCCAAUUGAUGGCAACUCAAAAAAGUCCGAUCACUUAUGGAAACAAAUAGCAAAAGAGUACAACAUGUAUGCACCUCAAGACCAGCAAAAGUCAGCUGCACAAUGCAAAAACCACUGGACCAAGAACACAUCGAAGGUCCCAAAGUUCAAUGCUUGCUACAAUGAAUUGAAGAGCACAUAUCCCGGUGGACAAUCCGAAGAUCAGUUAAUGGAGAAAGUUCGUGAGAAGUACAAGGUGGUUGCCAAAAUGAAGAGACCCUUUCCAUUGGAGCACUGGUGGAAAAUGGUGAAGAAACAACCCAAAUGGAGAAGGUUGUAUACCCUAGAGCAAAUGAAUAAAAGGAAUAAGUUGGAUACAGCUGGUGCAUACAGUUCUUCAAAUCAAGAAACUGAGGCAGAGGAAGAAACCAAACGACCCCAAGGGCAGAAGGCAGCAAAAGCACAGCGAAAAGGCAAGUCAAAGUGCUCCACAGGAACAUUGUCAAAUGAAAAUGUCGAACAGUUUAACAAUCUUCAACUAAGGAAAUCAAUUACUGCUGAAAAGAUGGCAACAGCUGCACUACUCUAUGCAGAGAACGAGAAAGAAAGAAUUGAAGCAGAGAAGGAGAAGACAAAGGUUGCGAAGCUUGACAAAUACUUUAAUCUAAUCGAGAAGGGUACUUCAAAUUUCACUAAUGAUGAGAAGCUGGGCCAUGAACGAAUACUGGACUAA